CAGCACACACUUACCCUGCUUGAAAACUCAUUCAUCAUGCGCUGCACUCCUACCGGGCUAAUGUUAGCUAUUGGCCUCACGGGUUGAAUAUCAGCAUGUCCAAUAACGAUUAAAUAAGCAGGUCGUAAAGUCAUUUACUUUAGCAGCUAAUAUACACACAUUUAUCUGGCUUUGGCGACACUUUUCCUGCUUGGUUUAUGAGGAACACGAUCGUGUUAUGGGAGAGACACGGAGGUCAGACGAGCGGUUAUCUGUCAACAGUGUCCGAGUAAAACGAGCCUGUUUUGACAGAUACCUGUUUGUUUUGUAGCACUGAACAUCUCAGGUGAACCAUGCCAGGUAAAUUGAAAGCCAAAAUUGUGGCAGGGCGCCACUUGCCUGUGAUGGACAGAGCCAGUGACCUCACUGAUGCUUUUGUAGAGGUUAAGUUUGGAAACACAACUUUCAAAACUGAUGUCUUUCCAAAGUCUCUCAAUCCACAAUGGAACUCAGAAUGGUUCAAAUUUGAGGUUGAUGACGAGGACUUGCAGGAUGAGCCGUUGCAGGUUACUGUGUUGGACCACGACACUUACAGUGCUAACGAUGCCAUAGGGAAAGUUUACAUUGACAUUGACCCGCUGCUGUGCACUGAGGCUGCCUCUGUCAUCUCUGGCUGGUUUCCAAUAUAUGAUACCAUCCAUGGUAUCAGAGGGGAGAUCAACGUCCUCGUCAAAGUGGAGCUGUUUAACGACUUGAACCGAUUCAGACAGUCUUCCUGUGGGGUCAAGUUCUUUUGCACCACAUCUAUUCCAAGGUGCUAUCGGGCGGCGAUGGUGCACGGGUUUGUGGAGGAACUUGUGGUGAAUGAAGAUCCAGAGUACCAGUGGAUUGACCGUAUUAGAACUCCUCGGGCGUCAAACGAGGCCCGUCAGAGACUCAUCUCUCUUAUGUCAGGAGAGCUGCAGAGGAAAAUAGGGCUCAAGGUGCUGGAGAUGGGCGGGAAUGCAGUGGUGGGCUACCUGCAGUGUUUUGAUCUGGAGGGAGAGUCUGGGCUGGUGGUCCGGGCCAUAGGUACAGCCUGCACACUGGACAAACUCAGCUCAGGAAGUGCUCCCAACACCAACACACAUACACACCCUAACACAGCCCCUGCUUCCAAUGCCUGCAAUUCCCCUUCCAAGGACGUAAAGGAGCCGGUAUUUGGGGAGGACCUGCUCUCAUCCUCUGGCCCGCCAACCCCUUUCAGAGCCCUCCCCACCUCCUCCUCCUCUCCUCCCCCCCCCUUCUCUCCCUCCAAGCCAUGCAGCCGCCAGUCCUCAUCAUCAGACACAGACCUCAGUUUGACGCCCAAGACGGAGGUCUCCCAGUCAGUGAGACGCAGGCCUGGGAUCUUCCUCUGCCCUAGCUCCCCCGCCCUCUCAACAUGCACUUUGCCCCUUCCUGGUUCUGGCUCAGUGAGCUGUGUUAAAGGCUCUGUCCCCACAGCCGCCACCCCGCCCCCUCUAUCCACCAUCCGCUCAGACUCGGCCUUGCUGAAAAAGAAUUUGUCCUUCUCAGAGGACCUGCUGCUGGCAGCCCCCGGAAUGGGCAGUGGGGGCAGCGUCGGCAAGGAAGCGGGGCCUCUGAAGGCCCUGCUAAGACAACAGACGCAGACAGCUCUCGAGCAGAGGGAGUUCCCCUUCUUCACCUUGACGUCUUUCCCGCCUGGUUUUCUGGUUCAUGUUGGUGGAGUGGUCAGCGCUCGCUCUGUCAAAUUGCUGGACCGUAUACACAACCCUGAUGAGCCAGAGACUCGUGAUGCCUGGUGGGAGGAGAUCCGCCAGGAGAUCAAAUCUCACGCCAAAGCUCUUGGUUGCCAUGCUGUUGUGGGUUACAGUGAGAGCACUAGCAUCUGUGAGGAGGUGUGUAUCCUGUCAGCAUCAGGCACAGCAUCCAUCCUGAACCCUCGGUUUAUGCGUGAAGGCUGUCUGGACAUUGGAAUCGCAGACCACAGGUUUGAGGAGCCGUCUCCCCCGAGCUGUGGCUUCUGUCACAUCCCAUAUGAUGAGCUCAACAUGCCCUUUCCCGCUCAACUCACCUACUGUUACCACUGCAGACGACAAAAGGUUCCUGAUGUGCUGUUCACAACAAUAGACUUGCCGUCAGAAGCAUCUGUCACGGGGAAGGGCUGCCUUAUCCAGGCCAGGCUGUGUCGACUAAAGAAGAAGGCACAGGGGGAGGUGAAUGCAACAGCCAUCUCCAACAUGCUGCCUUUCAUGGAGUACGAGCUUCACACACAACUGAUGAACAAACUGAAACUGCGGAGCAUGAACGCUCUGUUUGGCUUGCACAUACAGAUCAGUGUCGGAGAGAAUAUGCUCCUGGGUCUGGCUUCCGCUACAGGUGUGUACCUGACAGCCCUGCCUGCACCAGGGGGCAUCCAGAUUGCAGGGAAGACUCCGGGAGACCUGAGCAACGACCAUAUCUCUACCAUCCAAAAACGGAUCAAUGACACCAUAGCCAAGAACAAAGAGCUCUAUCAAAUAAACCCUCCGAAAUUAUUUGCCCUGGACCCUGAGGUGUUCUGCGGCAUAAACAUGGAGCUGAACGAGGAACUGGUUGGUUCUCCGAUUCCCGAGCCGAGACACCGAUCCAGACUUUUUCGAUCUCACUCGGAGAGCUCAGACGAAGUGUCUGAACUUGACCUCUCCCACGGCAAGAAGGAUGCCUUUGUCCUGGAGAUUGAUGACACUGACGCUGUAGAGGACAUCCACUCCCUCCUCAUUGAUGCCCCCCCUCCCUCAGGCUUCUACAGCUGCAACACUGAGGUCAUGCCUGGAAUAAACACCUGGACUUCAGGAGUUCAGAUGUUUACAUCAGUGAGGGUCUUCAGGCUGAGUAAUGCAAACCUUACAAACCAAGGCUUGAACAAGAUCUUCACUGACCUCUGUGAGAAUCUGCUAAAGAGUUUCUACUUUAAGUUGCGCUCGAUGAUUCCCUGCUGCCUUUGUCAUCUCAACUUCACUGUAGCAGUGCCAGAAGACGAACUUAUACAGGUCGCAGUGACAGCAGUUGCUAUGACCUUUGACAAAGACCAGACUCAGGAGAAGCCAGCAGAGAAGCCCAUCACCAAAGGAUCUGGUGACACUGAAGAGCAGCUUCAGUUCUCCAUGGAGCUGUGCGCAGACUCAUCUCUUGCCAACUCACAGCCAUCAUCCAAAAUCUCAGGUGUCGCAGAGAGUUCAAACAUCUCAUCUAGAGCUGCCUCCGUUGAUUACGGUUCCUUUGCAGACAGAUGCAGCACCUGGCUAGAGCUGCUUAGGCUGAAAGCUCACACCAUAAGACGAGGAUCAGUUAAGACAAUCUCGUCUUUGGAGCGCUCCAGUCCGCUGCCUGAUGGACGAUCCCGCUCGCUGCGCUCUACACGCUCGUUCGGCGGCAGUUCAGUCACUGUGGUGAAGAUGACGCCACUCUCCUUCUUACCUGGCACACGCAUCAUUAAAUACCUUGGGAUCAUCAACAUGUUCUUUAUCAGAGAGACUACUUCGUUGCGAGAGGAAGGCGGGGUCAGUGGCUUCCUUCACUCGUUCAUAGCAGAGGUGUUUGCGAUGGUUCGAGCCCAUGUAGCAGCCCUUGGUGGUAACGCGGUGGUUUCCUACAGCAUGAAAGAGUGUGUGUUUAUGGAAAAUCCAAACAAGAACCAGGCCCAGUGUCUCAUAAACGUGAGUGGCGAUGCGGUCAUUUGUGUCAGGGAAUCGGACCAGGAGGCCACACCCUCAAUGACUAAUUCUGCACAGAGCUGCAGCAGUGAAACAGACACAGCUACAUGACAGUGAAACGGAGAGCUGUGCUUUGUCUGCAGGACAUUCAAUCCGAGUGAACACUCUCCCGGAGUCUAGCCGUCCAAAUAUGAGUCAUUUUUAUCUGCCUUAAAACUCUGUAAAAGAUCCAAAGGUUUGGACACAGGUAAUAAAGAACAAGUUCUCACACACACUCAGAUACAUGCGGUCUGUGUUGAUAUAGGAGUAGAGGAUGUUCCUCUUUGUUUUUGUUUUUUAUAACAGCGAGCAUUUGUGAAGGAGAGUCUGAUGUACCGGUAGCUAUUUGGCAAUAUGGUCAUCUAAAAACGUUGAGGGUGAAGCCUACUGCCAAAGUAUCCCUGCUACGUAUUAACAACCAUCCAUUUCGGCCAUCUCUUUGUGCGUCAAUGCAAGAGACGCCUGAGGCAGCUAUAACUAAUUUGUCCGUCCACAGUUCACAGUGGGGGGUCAUUACAUGGACAUGCCAAUAGGGAUGCAAGUAAUAUUCAGAAGUGUUAGGUGGACUCUGUUUUGAGUUUCUUUCAGAAUAGAGGCCCAUCUGUUGACUGGUCACCUAAUAACUGUAUGAAACAAGGCAUUCAUUCAAGUUUCAACAAAACAGGUGCUUCCCUUCAAAACUAUAAUUCAAACCUAACUUGAGAAUUUUUAAGUUAGAAAUUGAGAAACCUGGACUCGCUUUUAAUACCAUUUUCUGAUCGUUAUAGAUAAUUGGUUUACACUUUUCAAGUUCUUUUUGUAUUUUAUUUAGAUUCUGUUGAUUGCUAAACAUCAUAAUUACUAAAUGUUAUCUUUCUCACACAGGCAAUAUCCUAAUGUUAAUCAAAUGUACUCAUUAAGUGUCAAAUAAUAAUGUCCCAGAUUAUUCUUUUGUAUUUAUUGAAUGACGAUUCAAAUUUAGGCCACGAAAACAGAAUUCUGAAAUAUGUUUUUAUAUCGCAGGAGUUUUCCUCAAAAGUUGCAGGGAGUGCGAUGGUAAAGGGUGAUGGGGGGGAAAUGUUGGAUGGGUGAAAUAUCAUAAAUGCAGUCUUAGUCAUGUAUUUGGCCAUUUGGGUUUGGUACACGGGAUAAUACAUAGAAAACAGUCUUCAAAAUGUUUCUGGUUGAUUUCUACUUUACUCUGUGUAUAUAGGGGCAACCUUUGCAGGAUCAGUUCCUCUUCUUGCUGUCUGUGUCAAAUUUAACUCACCUUUGUGAAGCCUCUACACUGUCUCUUUUGAAAUCAUGUUUUUAAUAAUAGUCAUGCUACUGAUGAGUCAAUCAUUUAUGUUCAAUACUAAAAAAAAAAAAAAAAAAAGCAUCUUCUGGUGGAGGUGACACCUGGAAAUAUACCAUGUAAAUGUCUUCUCAAAUCAGAUUUUAGUAUUUUUGUAACAUGAAAUAUAUGAAACCUUUACGGCUUAUUUGCCUGUGCAAUGACUUCCUGAUGUUUUGAUUGGCUGUGUCUGAGUAUUAGUGGUACUCUUAUCUCUUGUUGUGAUCAGUUUCUAAUAUUUGUGUCUAAAACUUGAAUGUACAUAUUUAGAUGCUCUUGCUUUCUCACUAGCAGCAUGCAGAUCCACUUCUAUUGCCAUAAAUCUGUAUGCUUGCUCGCCUGGUUUAGUCUUGCACAAUAAACUCAGACGAACCAAGAUGCAUCUGUUUGAUCAUCAUCUAUGAUAAAAACUGCAAACAGACUUUUGUUUCUUGGUAGACAGGAAGAAAGUCAAAAUGAACAUUACACUGCAGGCCCGCUGCUAUGUGAUGCCAAUAUGAACCUUUCAGCUGUAUACGAACAACAGGAAAUUGCUCAUACCAAAGCUCUUUGACUCGUAUUUGUUCAAGAGUAAAGAUCUGCUACUAACAAUC